CGCAUAUGAAUUAUUGUUACAGAUUGUAGCUGCAAAUCAUUAUAAAUUUGUCAGCAUGAUUUCGCUCUUUGUGCUGUUUUUCCGGAAAGAUAUGAAUUGAGUCAAGGUUGUUAUUGUUUGCGUGAGAUUCUUAAAUUAAAGAGUUGCGAUAUGUUCUUGAGACGUACCUGUUACGAUAAAAUUAGUUGUUAAUAGAUUUCGUACACCUCUUCGACUCGACGUCACGUGUGAAUGAGAAGGGAUCGUGUUUUUCAUGGGAAGACAAGGCAUAAGAAUUGUUAUCGGCGUUGUCACUAUCUGACGUGAUUGUGAUCAAGAAUUAAUGUGGUUGGAAUGCAUCCUGGACCGAUUCAAGUGCCUGUCUUCGUAUAUCCAACACCAAUCAUAUUUUAUCUUGAAGACCAAGCGUCACACAAACAAGUAUUAACUUUAUACAAUCCUUACGAAUUUCCAAUUAGAUUCAGAGUGUUGUGCACCGCUCCAAACAAGUACACAGUUGUAGAUCCGGAGGGUUCUAUUAGACCUCGGUGUUGUAUUGAUAUCGUCGUUAGACAUAAUGCAGUUACAUUGGCGAAUUGCAACAUCACAGAUAAAUUUAGGAUACAGAUGCAAAAUCAUACAACUAAACAGCUGAUGGGUAAACAGGACAUUCCAGCAACAUUGCUUCCAGGAAAAUCAAGUGGUGGCCCAUCAGACUCUUCAGAAGAAUUUCUUAGACUUCCAUCAGCACCUAGCACUGUGCAGCAGCAAUUUGGUUUGAUACGAGACCCUAGACCAGUUGGAGGCAGAUACCAAACACCAAACUAUGUGGUGGUUGUAGCGGCCAUUAUUUGUAUUGGUGCGUUGCUAUUGCCAACUCAGGGUGAUGAAGACUCAAGGUUUCCCGAAUAUCUUCAUCUUACUUCUAAUCUGAAGCUAAUAUUUGCAUAUGUUUUAGGUAUGGUGACAGUGGUUGUCUUGAAGCCAGGCUAAACAGAAAAUGAUUCUCUGUGCACAUUCAAUGAGUGCAGUCGGUAACGAUAUAAAUACUGCUGAUUGAAAAAGAAGAGAGAAUUGUAAUGGCUUGAUAUGAUGCCAAUUUUAUCACUUAGUGUAUUUCCAUUUGCUUUUAAAAUGAGUACCUGAAAAAAGCUUUUCAAGAAACAUUUUUGAGCACAUGUCCAUUUAUUGAGUUUCUAGUGUGUUUUGUAUUGAUGGCUCCAAGAAUACCUGAACACUGUGAAGUACUCUAGUAUAACCAUUUUUGCAAGGGAAAAAACUUUAUUUUUCUUGUUGUACUUCUACUUUCAUUAUGUUUGUGUCGUGUAACUCUUUCCCUCAAUCCUCACCUUAAAAUGAACAUAAGCAACAUUGCUUUUGAGGAAAAAAGUCCAGUGUUUGCAUUGUAUAAUGUAGAUAAGGAGGGAUGUAUAUGCCCCUUUCUUGUAUUUUACAUGGUUAAUGUUCCUCUUUUAUAUAUAUUUUUGUCCUUUGCAAUUGGUUAGCUUGUUGACUUCUUCUGGAAGCACAGUGAUGCUAUGAGUUCUGAUAACAUUACAGUAUUUGUUGGAACCAUAAUUGUAUUUAUCAUGCCUGGACUUCACUAUUUUAUACUAUAAUUCUAGCAAGGAUGUAAGGUGAUGCUGGUGCUGUUGUUAUAUACAGCAUUCCAUAAUUUAUAUUCUGUCUGUGAUUGACUGUCUUGUCAUACCUGUUUUAUAUUCAGAUGCAUGUUUAAAAAUCCCAUUUUUUGUGUAAAAAAAUAUAUGAAUUUUUGUAAAAAAUUGAAAUGUAAAAACAAUACUGGAGAAGAGAUACAUAAAGUUAAGCUAAGCAAGCUACAUUUUUUAAUCAGAGGAAGUAUAAUAAUCUGGCCUCAAAAUUUAAUUUUAACAGUCAUUGUCCUUCCUGUGACAAUCACGAUGCACAAACUACAGAGCUGGGGGGCUUCUGCAAAGUUACCAUUUGUGUAGCAAAAUACACAUAAAUUACUCAGUGUGCACUUUUGUAACUUAUAAGGAGAUGCCAUAAACUGCAGAAAUGAGGUUGGAAUUCAUUUUAUUUUCUUGUGUUACAGAAGACUCCCCCUUGUGUUUCCUGUUUGUUUUAUUUAUUGUCAUUCAGAUUCGUGAAUGAUUUUUGUUCACUGUUUAUUCCCUCCUGUUUUCAGAGGCUUUUCUUUUGUCAUUCCCCUCCCUCUCCCUAUAUUAAUUACCUACAAAUAAAACUUAUUUUGAUGCAUUAAAGUGUGGAUUCUGUUCUCUCUCCCAUCAUAUCCAUCAGUUGUCAGUAUUCAUUUUUCUGCGCUUUAUGCAUGUCUCUGUGUUUCAUUUCCUACUCCCUUUCAUUUUUUCCAAUCAGAUAUCUCAUCAGUCAUACUUUCCGUAAUCUUAAAAAUUAGAUCUCACUCUUGAAUGCAUUUUUUAAGACAAUGUAAACAUACAACAUACACUUGAAUGCUUUGGACAUCUGGUUAAUAAUUUAACAAGUGUGCCUGUACAGGGGUUAGGGCAUAUUUUGGGUUCAAAUACCCAGUCUGCUUUCCAGAUUUAGGUUGUCCACAAUUUCAUAAGUAAGUGAAUGUCAAGGCAUUUCCUUUAAAAAGGCAACAGCUAGUCCUUACACUUACAUUGUCAUUGAAUAGGCAUUAAGCCUAAUUUGACUUACUUUUUCCUUCAUUAAUAAUUAAUUUUUCAUAGAGGUAUUAUGUUCCCUACAAGAGUAAGACAAGAGAAAAGGAAAGCACAUGUGUAUGGGUAAAUAAUAAGUGAGGCACACAUGCUUAUAACAGAUCAAGAAAUUUCUUGCAUUCUUUAUCAUUAUGUUGGUCUGUGAGCCAUUGCCCCAUCUUUGGGGUGAGUAGCAAUCUAUCCAUGUUGUUGUUUAUCCUUCCUGGACUUUCCAUUGUUUACAUUCUCUUUUCAGUAGUUUAUAUGUUCUCUCAGAUCCUCCCUUUUUACUGAUAAUUAUAUCAGUAAAACCGCAUCACUUGUAACACUGCAUUGCGCAGGUCACCGCUCUGCCAUUAUGAGACUGGACAAAUGACCAAAUGAGAAUGUAUGUUGCUAGUAAGUGUCUGUACAGAUCCACUCAUCUUCUGAUGCCAGAACUAGGCAUAUGAAAACUUGACAUCCUUAGUCAUCUUACAUAAUACUUUAUUUUCUACUUAUGUAAUAGAUUCAGUAGUCAUUUCAGUGCUCUGUCUUCAAAGAGUAUCCAAACUGCAAUGUAAACAUUAACCAGUUGUGAAUAAGAGGACUUCAUCAGAUUUAGAAAAUAAUAUUUCCAACCAAAGUGCAUUUCCUCUAAAGUUUGAAAUAAUGACACAAGAGUUUGAUGAAUUUCUUUUUUUUUUUUUUGUGUUCACAUCUUGCCACUCAGAUUGGGAAAUUCUCGGCAAAAGUUUUAUUUAUUCAUGUAACAGGCAUUAAAAUUUUAGAAAGCAAAACUUAUAAGUAUUAAUAAAAUAUGGAGGUAUAAUCUUUCGCAUAUCAAAGACUAGUGAAGGAACAGUACUCAUCAAAAUAAUGUAUGAGACUAGAGAGGACUGCAGAGAGAAAAUGUAUUCUCUCUCUCUCUCUCUCUCUCUCUCUCUCUCUCUCUCUCUCUCUCUCUGCAAUUAAAAUCAAUUGAAGUAGCAAGGCAGAUGAGAACACAAUUUAUCAGUUUGCUGCAAGGCUUGAGGAAUACUGAAAUAGUUGGAUGGGCAAACAUAAUCAUCAUCCGUAGGUAGUUACGGCAGAAAUUAACUUACAGAAGUGGAGAAAAGAAAAGCACAAAAACUGACAAUAUUAUGAAAACCUGGAAGUAAGAUUAAUGAAAAGGUAUUUUGAAUGGAUUGCAAAGGAACAAAGAUGGAAUCAAAAUUUGGAGUUUGGGGGGGGAUGAAGUGUUGAACAAGGUAGGAGUGAUAUACAUACAUACUGUACACCAUGAUGAUGCCACGAGAUGUUUGUAUGAUCAACAUGAUUAGUGAAGUGUUAGUGGCAAACAUAAGCCACCUCAUUGUUGAUGUGAUAAGGAGGCAAAGUUGGUAGUUCUGAAGUUCAGAUUGUAGCAUCAGUUCCACCUUAUAUGUAUACAAGCUGAUGUAAUUUCCUCUGGCAUGCAGGUAGUAUGUCCUUUAGAAGUCAUCUGCAGCUUUCUGAAGUCAUUUUAUGUCAGGGACUAUUAAAACCACCUUGACAUGUAAACUCCAACAUACUGUAGACUGUGCACUGGUAUAAUGUGCAAUAUAUUUCUGUCUUACUCACCCUUUCUUAUCCAUAGUUGUCAUGUCAGUAUGCAACAGCAUUUGCGUAUCAGUUGAUACACAACGUGCACUCACACAUAGCUCUGUGUUGAUAAAAUGAAUCAAGAGUCAUCAAAUUGCAUUUUGCAAUGUUUCACAAGUCUUAUAAUCCUUGUGUAGCAGGGUGGGGUAGGGGAGGGCAGGGGGAGGCACAACUUCAAAUACUCAUUGUUAAAAGAAAUGAAGUAAUUCAAAAAGUUACUCAUUGUGUUGUUACUGUUCUGUGUUAAUUUAAAAAAUCUCUUUUAGAGUAUAUGAUAAGCAGUUGAAAUCUGAAAUGAGGCAUGAGAAACAUUUUAGAGGUUCCAUGACGAAAGAGAAAUUUUGCACUUUGGCGAAAUUUACUACUUAUGAGCAAACAUGUAUUUUGUUGAGAGAGCGCACAGAAUAUUUAACAAGGUCCACAUAAUAGUAAAAGGGGAUCAAAGGGGUGUUUAAUAUGUAAGGUUGGUAGCUGGAAGUUACUUUGAUUUGAAUUACAGGUGGGAGAGAUCCCAUUCUGAGCACCGUUGAGUGAACAGCACAACUUAGAAAGAGUAACUGCUUCAGUUAUUCUUUGACAGAAUAACACUUUAGUGUUUCUUUUGUAUUUGAUGUAGUUACCAAAUUUUCAUAUGCGUGUACAGCAUGAAGCAUUAUGAACAACAUUGUUGAGAUAUAAGAAAAUUGAGAACUGUGUUGUACCAUGUAUGACUCUUGCAACAAUGUUCAGACAUUGACAGCUGUUGAUUUCCUCCAGUGCAUUGCUAUUAUUUUAAUGUUGUGUAUCUAAUGUGGCAGGGGUGUAUUCCUUACAUGAUUUUUUUUACUGUGUAAUGCCAUUCCUCCAGCUCUGAAAUAAAGAAUUAGUUGUGAAACUUAUAUUAAAUAGCCUCCCAAUUAUAAUAUCAGUUGGUAUUUGUGGUACCUUUGAUCUCUGGCUGACAAGCCCACAAUAGUGUAUUAUUUAUUGUAAAGCAUUUUGUGUGAUUGUAAUUUUCUGUAUGUAUAUACACAUACUUAAUAAAUAUAGCAGUCUUUGAAAAA